GGGGGCUGUGACGUGCGAGGGGAUAGCUGUCAGGCUCUGUGGGAGGGGAUGGCUGUGAGCCUGUCAGUGUGGGCCGAGGGCCUCCCCUCCCCGCCGCUCUGUGCCUGCGCGGUGGGCUUGCGCUGGGGUAUUUACGGUAAGGUGGACGCCGCGGCGGUGGCAGCUCCGUGUCAGGUGAUCUGAGCCGAGGAGCCGGAGAGGAAAAUGCAAGAUGGCCCGACGGGGCCGUGAGGGGCUCCCCGCUGCCCCGUCCCCGCCCGGACCCCGGCUGCGCAGGGCCAGCGGCGAGCGCUGAGUCCAGCUCCGCCGCGCAAGAGCCCGUCCCCAGGAGGGGCUCCGAGCCAUGGGGCUCUGCUACAGUCUGCGCCCGCGGCUCUUUGGGGACCCCGGCGGAGGCGGCUCCAUCUCCAGCAUCGCCUCGGAGCCCGAGCAGCCCGCAGAGCACACGGCUCCCCCCCCGCAGCCGCUCGCGGCCCCGCGAGGAGGCAGCUGCUGCGGGCAGCCGGGGGCCGGGGGCUCGCUCCACCCUACAGACAAGCCCGGGGGAGAGGCGGACGGGCCGCCGCCGCUGCUGCUGCAGAACGGAGGCGGCAACGGGGCGGCCCCGGAGCGGCAGCCGCUCCCCAAGCCCGGCGGUGGCAAACAGCACCGGCAGCCGCCUCAGCCGGCCGCGCUGCAGAGACCCUGGGAGAAGCUGCGCCUGGAGGAGCGGGAGGCGGAGAAGGAGGCGAGGAAAGUCAGCAAGAGCAUCGACCGGGCGCUGAAGGAGCAGAAGCGGGAGUACAAGCAAACGCACCGGCUGCUGCUGCUGGGAGCUGGUGAGUCAGGAAAAAGCACGAUUGUGAAACAAAUGAGGAUCCUGCAUGUCAAUGGAUUUAAUUCAGAAGAAAAGAAACAGAAAAUACUGGAUAUUCGGAAAAAUGUUAAAGAUGCGAUUGUGACUAUAGUUUCAGCAAUGGGCACUUUAAUACCCCCAGUUCCACUGGCCAAUCCAGAAAACCAGUUUCGAAUGGACUACAUCAAGAGUAUAGCUCCACUUUCUGAUUUUGACUAUACACAGGAAUUCUUUGAACAUGCAAAAAAGCUCUGGGAUGAUGAAGGAGUAAAGGCAUGCUUCGAGAGGUCAAACGAAUACCAACUGAUUGACUGUGCACAGUACUUUCUGGAAAGAAUUGACAGUGUCAGCAUGGUUGACUAUACACCCACAGACCAGGAUCUAUUAAGAUGCAGAGUUUUGACAUCAGGGAUUUUUGAAACAAGAUUUCAAGUAGAUAAAGUAAAUUUUCACAUGUUUGAUGUAGGUGGCCAGAGAGAUGAAAGAAGAAAAUGGAUCCAAUGUUUUAAUGAUGUCACUGCUAUAAUCUUUGUUGUGGCCUGUAGCAGCUACAACAUGGUAAUAAGGGAAGACAAUAACACAAACAGACUACGGGAAUCCCUGGAUCUCUUCAAAAGCAUCUGGAACAAUAGGUGGUUACGGACCAUUUCUAUCAUUUUGUUCUUGAACAAACAGGAUAUGCUAGCUGAAAAGGUCUUGGCAGGGAAAUCAAAAAUUGAAGAUUACUUUCCUGAAUAUGUGCGUUACACUGUACCUGAUGAUGCAACACCAGAUGCUGGAGAAGAUCCCAAAGUCACAAGAGCCAAGUUCUUUAUCCGGGAUGAGUUUUUAAGGAUAAGUACAGCAAGUGGAGAUGGCAGGCAUUACUGCUACCCACAUUUCACAUGUGCAGUGGACACAGAAAACAUCCGCAGAGUGUUCAACGAUUGUCGAGACAUCAUUCAGAGAAUGCAUCUUCGCCAGUAUGAACUCUUGUGAUUGGGAUCACCGUGGAGCCUGUGGUUUUAAAUACUUAGCUCCUUACUCUCUUGCUCUCUCUCUCUCUCUCUAUACUAUGCCACACAGGGUGGAAGAAAAUACUACAGAAACAUCAGUCUUUUCAGGUUGUUUACCUUAAUUAUUUCGCCUUUGAGCUGGUUUGCAGCAAGUUUGGGUUUCUUUUCCGCUAUGCUUUUUGGGACUAUUUGUGUGCUUUAUUUUGAUAUGCCACUUCUUUGUCAUUCCACUAAGCCCUUUGGCUACCUCUGUUGCUUUAGGGGUGUUUUGUUUUUUGGGUUUUAUUUUUGCUAAUUGAACACAACCUGCUAAAUUUUUUCCAGCAGGUUAUGUUAGUUCAAACUAGUAUGUCAGCUGGAUGACACUAAAGUCAUACCUAUCCUUGUGUGGGUCCCUUUUUUAACAUGAUAUUAAGAGUACUUGAUGGUUGAAAAAAGAAUAAUGCACUUUGUAUCAGGUUAUUAAAUACUGUUGAGGAAGUAUACACACAAUGUAGCAGCACCACAAUAUUUAUUACUGUCACAGUUUUUAGCAUUACUGAGUUGCAGGUCAGCUGAUAAAGUGACCUCCUCUUUUAAGCCGUUACUGGCACAGGAAGUAGAGUAGAUAAUGAGAGGCAUGGUGAAGAUAAGCAAUUUUUCUGGGGUUUUGGGGCUAAGUGCCUCCACACACCUCAGGCAUUUGAAUUACAGCUACUUUUUCAGCCUGUUGCAUCUAGGCAGAAAAUGUACCACCCUCACUUAUGUUAUUUGUGCUGUCCACAAAUGAUCCGUUUAGUUUAGAUCAUUCUUGGACAACAGUCCUCUUCCUACAUAUAUAUAUAUAUUUUUUGUUUUACUGCUGGUUUAUUAUAUUGUACAGACUGUAAAAUGUAAUAUUAUUUUGUACAACUUUAUUGAAGAAAAAUACUUGUAGAAGAUCUUUGUGCCUUGAUUAUGGCUGUACCUGUAAAAUGAGCUAAGAUGUAAGUAUGUUUUUGAUUGCGCUGUACAGCUUGAUGUCAACCUUACCUGCAGCAGUGACUGGGGGUAAGAACUUUAUCUGUAGAGUUUAGGGAUUUUUUUUCUGGUUUAUAUAAAAACACUGCUCUUUAGUAUAAAAAAUAUAAAUUAUGCAAA